UUGAUAUUGUCAAUGGUAUAAUAACAGGUGAGCGAGAGGGGAUAGCUGGAUUUCUMAGUUUACACCAAAAUAUCUGUAAUUCGCAGUGCAGAUUAGACCAGAUUAUACCGCGGGACGUUGACAUCUGGGUCAGGACGGCGGUGAGGAAUGGUUUGUAAAACUCCGCGGUCGUCUUUCUCUGUCCAUGGUGCUGUUUGAAUGAUAACGUCCUGAUCAGCACCUCGGUGGAAGGAAGGCAGCAGUCCCUGAAGAGCUUGAUCAAACGGGUGAGGGGAGGAAUGUCACCGGUCCACUGCUAAAUCGGGGAAUUGUGUUUGUGAUUGGGGUUUGAACAGGAACCUAAACAGGCGAGUCAGAAUCAGAAGUGAAUUGUGAAGACAAGCAGGAACCAUGGAGCUGAGAGUGGGAAACAAGUACCGCCUCGGCAGGAAGAUAGGGAGCGGCUCUUUUGGAGACAUUUACCUGGGCGUUAACAUUGCCACGGGUGAGGAGGUGGCCAUUAAGCUGGAAUGUGUGAAGACCAAACACCCACAACUCCACAUCGAGAGCAAGUUCUACAAGAUGAUGCAGGGAGGAGUGGGCAUCCCGUCCAUAAAGUGGUGUGGAGCAGAGGGAGACUACAACGUGAUGGUGAUGGAGCUGCUAGGCCCCAGUCUGGAGGACCUGUUCAACUUCUGCUCCCGCAAGUUCAGCCUCAAGACUGUCCUGCUGCUGGCUGACCAGAUGAUCAGCCGGAUUGAGUACAUCCACUCUAAGAACUUCAUCCACAGAGACGUGAAGCCUGACAACUUCCUGAUGGGCCUGGGCAAGAAGGGCAACCUGGUGUACAUCAUCGACUUUGGCCUGGCCAAGAAGUACCGCGACGCCCGAACACACCAGCACAUUCCCUACCGCGAGAACAAGAACCUGACCGGCACCGCYCGCUACGCCUCCAUCAACACACAUCUGGGGAUAGAACAGUCUCGUCGUGAUGACCUGGAGUCUCUUGGUUAUGUCCUGAUGUACUUCAACCUGGGCUCUCUGCCCUGGCAGGGCCUCAAGGCCGCCACCAAGAGGCAGAAGUACGAACGCAUCAGCGAGAAAAAGAUGUCCACCCCUAUCGAGGUGCUCUGCAAGGGAUACCCCUCUGAGUUCUCCACCUACCUGAACUUCUGUCGCUCUCUGCGGUUCGAUGACAAGCCAGACUACUCAUACUUGAGACAACUGUUCAGAAACUUGUUCCACAGACAGGGCUUCUCCUACGACUACGUCUUUGAUUGGAACAUGCUCAAGUUUGGGGCCAGCAGGACAGCCGAGGAUGGGGAGCGGGAGAGGAGAGAGGUGGAUGAGAGGAUCGGAGGAGGACCUAGGGCACCCCGUGCUCUACCCCCGGGCGGCAACCCCCCAGGGGGCGUAGACAGGAUCCGAAAUGGCCCCAAUGCAGCAGCUUCUAACCCUGCCUCCAGAGGAGUCCCACAGUCAGGGACCGGUCCCGCAGGCUGUGUCCCGUGCGGAGCGAGAGAGGAAGGUGGCCAUGAGGCUCCACCGCGGCGCCCCGCCAACAUCUCCUCCUCUGACCUCACCGCACAGAUGGGCCAAUCACGCAUCGCCACAUCACAGGUCAGUGUGCCAUUUGAAACCUGGGAAGUGAGCUGCUCUCAGGCCCUCUCGACACUGGCAGGUAAGGACCCGUCAGACAACACUCAGUCAACUAUGGACCAACUGUAA